GUGGCUUCUCUUCGCGCAGCUAAAACAGCGCACUGGCGGAGAUGGGGUCAUGCUCCUGCAUCUUCCAAAUUGGGACGACGAGGAGGUCCUCGCGGCGACAUUGAUUCUCCUCCUCUGGCCCGUGUUCUCAUGGCUCUGGUAUUCCACCGCCGUCGCCGAGUACCUGCGCUGUCUGCGCAACCACAACUCACGCAGCUCUUUUUCCCGCUCGCUCUGGGUGCGGAACGUCGAGGGUUCUUGGUUUUCUUCGCAACUCGCGGAGAAAGUGUUGGAAACCACACAGGGUUUUUUUCUGCGCUGCAGCCGACGCGGACUCUGCUGUAUUGGCGUGUUUUCGGGCGGCGUGGCUGAGGUGGUGGUUUUUAUCAGUAAGAAGUACUUGUGUGCGACUACAUCUACAUCUUCAGUCGUGGCUAGAGAUGAAGCUGCGAGCGGGCGCUCCAGCGAUAGUACAACGAGUUCUGAUGUGGGGAACAACAUGAUCAGCAGCUACGGUGUCGCCCUUUAUCGUUCGCCGGCGCUUUUCGUCGUUGCGCUGCAACUCGGGAUCUUCUUCGUCAUUGCGCUGAUGGAAUCUACUUCACCGACUACAUCAGGCCUAUCCAUUUCUUACCCCGCGGUGCGACAGAAGUGGGUUCUCCGAGGCUUUUGUGCCGCAGGGAUAAUGCUCCGUCUGCUGCUGAAACUCAACGCCGCAGAAGAUGUUGAUGCUGGAGCCACCGCAAGAACUACUUCUACUGCUUCUCCCAUUUAUUUUGCGGAUACUAUUACCUGCAGAAUGCACCAAUUGUCCACGCUACUUGCUCUCUCUGCCGGUGCGGUGCUGCUGUCCACAUUUGAAGGCAGCAGGGCGACGGCCGUGUGGUAUCGGAAGUUGUUCGAAAAGAAUCUGAUCAAACGGGAAGAGCUGGUGCAACGGGACAAUGACCAGCAGUUUUUCGAACCAACACAAGGUUCGUCGUCAAGAAAAACUACUGGAGAAAGUUCGCCGGCAGGUGGUGCACUAGUUUCUUCUUCUGCAACACAGAAACAGGGUAUGGAUUCAUCAGAAUCGACUUCUUGUUCCUCUGCGGUCGUCCCCGCAGGCACAACUGGCCUGAACAUGCGCCGACGGGGGAGCAAGAGCUGCACAGGAACUACGAGCAAGACAAUAAGCGGCUCAAGCUACAUCAAAAAUUCUUUCGCGCAAGAAGUGGAGGGCAGCCCCUCCAGGGGCGGCGAGCAUGCUGAAGAAGCCCUUUCGCCGGAGGUCAAGAAACAUCUGAACGGCAGCUCCUGCGCCAGCGUUUUUACAACAAGCAGCCCAGAUUCAGUUGGUUCAACUUCCAGUAGUGCGGACGAAAUCUCCGCUUACGAAGACGAGCGCGCCUUUUUGGAGUUCCAACAGGCCUCGAAGAUUAUCAUGGCCGCGGACGAUGCUAGCGAAAACCAAACUGGCAGCAAGAGAUGCGCUGGAAAUAGAAACAAAGAGAAGAUGAUGCUCGUCAAGGUGGGGCCGGAAGUAGUAGAACCGCAUCACAGAGUACAACUAUCAGCUUCACGGAACAACGGAAGCAGUUGUGCUGGCGCCACCUCCGCACCAUUCGCAGCGUCACCAGAGGACAGCGCAGUUGCUUCCAAAAAUCCUCUUCGAAGUUUCGCGUCAGCAGAUUUGAAGGGUGCUGCUGCUUCAUCUUGUGAUGAAAGGUGUUUGCUUCAAGAACGAGUAAUCACUGCAGUGUCGCGGUUUAUAAUUUUUCCGUUUUCUUUCUGCCGCAAGAAGAACAACAAUCCGACCAAGAAUUUCGGCGGCCCGGCGGAGCAAAGAGCUGCACCAGGCGGCGUUCUUUUGGACAAAGAUACGCCAGAACUCCCCGACCUCUCCCUUCUGCGCUGGACGGUGUGUGCCUGCGGUUGGCAGAUUUUUGUGCGCUUGGACCCGGUGCUCCUGUUUCUGUUCGCUAGCGUGGACGCCUGCUUUCGCCGUUUCGAGACCGAUUUCUUGGCGCCCUGGGUUCGGGCGCGGGAGGCCCUGUUGCCGACGAAUAGUGCCUCUCUUUCAUCUCGCGCCCGCCGGCCCGCUACCAUGUUGCACUCGGGAGCAGUAAAGCAGCUUCGAACAGGCGAAGAUACUAGUUUAUUUAGCAGUCGGCAUCGCCAUCGGCAACUACAAGUACAAAGUGAUGAAGAGACCUUGUCGUGUGAAGAAGGUUACCAGGAGAACAGCCAACGAAACCACUGCUUGUCCCACCUUCAGCAAGAACUUGCUUUACUCCAGGAUGGGCAGGAUGUGCUGGCCAAGAACUCGGCGUCCUGCUGGCGUUUUCUGCUUCCUUCCAAAAAUUCUUCGCAAGAAGAGGAUCAAUCGCAAAACUACACAUUAGGAAUUGCAUCAUCUUUACAAGGUGGACCACACCAUCAGAAGCUGAAGGGUUCCCUUGUUGCGUUGGAACCUACAACUACCACACAGAGGUCUCCUUCCUGGGUGUGCGAGUUGCUCUUCGCGCGUGGUGGCCUGCUGUCGGCGGAUGCACACGUUCUUUUCACCGCUCGGGUGUUAUUCACGGCGUUUUUCGCUCGCGUUUUUCUGGAGGUGGUCAGUUUCACAAUGGUGCUCCAAGACGAAAGUACUACUCUAGAGCUGCAAGAAGAAGGGCGCACGGCUGUGGAAUUCGAGAAUGGCUCCUCAGCAUCAACGUCCGCCGCAUUGUCAGCACUAUUCGGCGUAUUGCAGGAGUUCGGGGCUCUCGUGCUUCUGUGGAGAUGGGUACGAGCAAAAGUACCUAUGAAUCAAACGUCGGAGUUUCUUUCUUGUUUUCAUGACUGAGUUCUUUUUACUAAAUGUUCGCAAAGAACACCACUUUUCGUUUUUUUCACGGUAGUGAUGGAGUAUUUCAAUGCACAAGAAGGAGACACCGCUGCAAAAGCGGCACUCCGUUCGUGGGAGAUUAUGAUAUUCUUGACAAAGCGAACUGCGAACAUCGAUUAUAGUUGGAGUGGCAGCACUUUAAAUAAGUACUUAGUUCUGCCAUCGUUGCUCUGAC